CAAGUGGCCCAACCAGCCGGUCGAGGCCAACUCCCCGCGGCUCCUGGCGGCAGCAGGUGGCCCCGGACUUCCCGCCAUCACCGCUGCCCUGGCGGGCCGCGCGCCCCGGAGCCGUCUGGACUACCCUCGCCGGGCGGGAUGGAGGCGGACGGGGACCGGGAGGAGCUGGCCCACCUGCGCUCGCUCUUCGCUGCCUGCGACGCCAACCGCUCCGGGCGCCUGGAGCGCGAGGAGUUCGGCGCGCUGUGCGCGGAGCUGCGCGUGCGGCCGGCCGACGCCGAGGCCGUGUUCCAGCGGCUAGACGCUGACCGCGACGGUGCCAUCACCUUCCAGGAGUUCGCGCGCGGCUUCCGUGGGUUCUGCCGCGGGGGGCGGCACCGAGGCUGGGCUCUUCGGGAGCCCGCGUCCGCCUCAGCCCAGGUGGGACCCGACCCCGAGGACAGCCUAGAGGACGAGGGCGACGGGGACGCGCUGGCAGCCCCCUGGGGUCGGGCGAGCGCUGGCCAGCCUUGGCAGGACUUCCAGGCGCGACUUGGAGACGAGGCCAAAUUCAUCCCCAGAAAAGAGCAAGUUAGUACCUUGUAUCUAAACAUCAACCUUGUGGAGCCAAGACUAAUUCAGUCGUACGAGCAUGUUAUAAGGAACUUUAUCCGUGAGAUCAAACUGCAGAGCACAGAAAUGGAAAACCUGGCCAUUGCAGUGAAGAGAGCCCAGGACAAGGCAGCCAUGCAGCUGAGUGAGUUGGAAGAGGAAAUGGAUCAGAGGAUUCAGGCAGCAGAACACAAGACGCGUAAAGAUGAAAAACGUAAGGCUGAAGAAGCCCUCAGUGACCUCAGACGUCAGUAUGAAACAGAAGUAGGGGAUCUACAGGUGACAAUAAAGAAACUUAAAAAGCUAGAAGAACAAUCAAAACACCUAAGUCAAAAAGAAGAUGUGGCUGCCUUAAAAAAGCAAAUUUAUGAUUUAUCAAUGGAAAAUCAUAAAGUUAAGAAAGAUCUUUUAGAAGCACAGACAAACAUAGCCUUCCUCCAGAGUGAAUUAGAUGCUUUGAAAAGUGAUUAUGCUGAUCAGACUCUGAAUUCAGAAAGGGAUCUGGAAAUAAUCCGAGAGUACACAGAAGAUCGAAAUAGCCUUGAGAGGCAAAUUGAAAUACUCCAAACAGCUAACCGGAAGUUACAUGACAGUAAUGAUGGCCUUAGGAGCGCCCUUGAAAACAGUUACAGCAAGUUCAACAGAUCUUGGCGCAUAAGUAAUAUAUCACCAGGGAAUACAAUUUCUAGGAGCAGUCCCAAAUUUAAUGGUCAUUCUCCUCAUCCUCUGGGCUAUGACAGGUCAUCCCGCUCCUCCUACGUGGAUGAGGACUGUGACUCAUUGGCCCUCUGUGACCCUAUGCAGAGGAUGAAUUGUGAGGUGGACAGCCUUCCCGAGAGCUGCUUUGACAGCGGCUUGUCUACCCUGAGAGACUCCAAUGAAUAUGACUCAGAGGUGGAAUACAGGCACCAGAGGGCACCUCAGAGGUCACACGGCACGCAGGAGAACUUUGGCGGUGAUGCUUCAGACGUAGAUGUUCCUGAUAUAAGGGAUGAAGAGACGUUUGGUGCCGAAGGUGUGGCUGCCAUCUUAGACUGGAAUCCCCAGGGGUCCACUAGUGAGGGCAGCGUCGUCAGUUCUUCAAGAAAGCCCAUCUCAGCUCUGUCACCACAGACAGACAUGGUGGAUGGCGACCAUAAAUCUUCCAGCUCACAGAAGGCUUACAAGAUUGUGCUUGCUGGGGAUGCUGCAGUGGGGAAGUCUAGUUUCCUCAUGAGGCUCUGCAAGAAUGAAUUUCGAGGAAAUACAAGUGCCACCCUGGGAGUCGAUUUUCAGAUGAAAACUCUCUUUGUGGACGGAGAGCGCACAGUCCUGCAGCUCUGGGAUACGGCUGGUCAGGAGAGGUUCAGAAGUAUCGCCAAGUCUUACUUCAGAAGAGCAGAUGGCGUUCUGCUGUUGUAUGAUGUUACGUGCGAGAAAAGCUUUCUCAAUGUUCGAGAAUGGGUGGACAUGAUCGAGGAUGCAACCCAGGAGCAUGCUCCUAUCAUGUUGGUAGGAAACAAGGCUGACCUCCGUGAUGCUGCUGCAGCAGAGGAACAGAAGUGCGUCCCAGGAUACUUGGGAGAAAAACUGGCCAUGACCUAUGGGGCAUUAUUCUGUGAAACCAGCGCCAAAGACGGCUCGAAUAUAGUGGAAGCUGUUCUCCAUCUUGCUCGGGAAGUGAAAAAAAGGACCGAUGAAGAUGACAGCAAAUCCAUUACCAAUCUGACCGGGACCAGUUCCAGAAAGUCAACGCAGAUGAAGAACUGUUGCAGUAGUUAAAUCCCAAACAUCCUUGGCCUGUCAGGUCUUCAGGACCAGAGUCCUGGGUGUCUGUGACUUGUUUGCUUCUCACAGAGGCGUGCGUCCUCCAGACAUGGCCAGGUGGAAGCUGACAGUGUGGGCCUAGGAACUGUGCUCUUAGAUCCUUCUGGAGCCCUGUCUCUUUGCUAUGUUUCAGUGAAUGAUUGGGGCCCCAUGGUUGAAGGUACUUGUCUUGUCCUUACAGAGUCUCAAAAGAGAACAUGUAAAAAAAAUGGUUAAAAAAAAAUCAUAUGCUCAGAUCAAAGCUGUAGAAGACACUUCCUGAUGUAGAUUCACGUGGUAGCUGACUUUGUAGAUAACCUAAAACAACAUUUUUUUUUUCAAAUAUCUGUUACUAGAAUACUAGUAAAAGGGGAUUAUCAUCCUAGCUUUGCUGUUAACUAGCUUGUGGUCUCAGACGUGUCAGCAGCCCAUGAUAGAUCUGUUUCCUCACCUGCAAAACAAGCAGCUUGGCCUUGCAGGCCUUGGCCUCUCGGAUUCUGUGCACUGUAAGGAGUGGGAAGGAGACCAUGAUGACCCACAGUUAAUAAGGACUCUGGUUAAUUGGACUUUUUAAAUAUUGGGGCAUUGAUUUUUCUCAUUUCUGAAACAACAGAAUUUGAGAAAAAAUAAUGUUGGCUUCAGUGGAGACAGAAAAAUCUAUUUUUAUACAGAGGAAAAAACGUUUGUGUGACAAAAAGAAAAAAAAAAAAAGGUACUGACAUCUCCACAAAGUCUGUGGUUUAAGUUUCAUGUUAAAAAUUCUAAUGAAAAUCAUAGGAGGCCACAUACUGGUAAAAGUACAAUGCCCAGGAAAGUUGUCACUCUUCACUUAAAAAUAUAUACCAGCCAGUCAUGGCCAUGGCUAGGGAAAGACAGGAGCUGGAGGACCGCUAAUGGGGAUGUGGUUUCUUUGGGGAAUGAGAAUGUUCUGGAAUAUAUACUUUGAUAAUGGCUGCUAACUUGGUAAAUACAUGAAAAUAACACUGAAUUGUUAAAAGGGGGAAGUUUAUGAGAUAUGAAUUAUAUCUCAUUAAAAAAAAAAAACACUACUACUUUAACAUUUGCCCAAGGAAAAUGUGCAUGAUUGUUUCAGACCUUCCCAUGAUUUACAAGCAUAAUCUCCAAUAUGGUACAAAUCUCUGAACUCUGUCAUGGCCAGCAUUCACUACCUGAAAUAAUGAACAGUGAAAAAAAUGUUAUGUAUAGUUUUGGAAACUCAUCUCUUCACAAGAGGUGCUAUCCUUAGGAAUGGGAAAUCAGAGUCCUUUGUUUAAUGUGACUAGUGACUCCUCCUCACCAACAAUGUGGUGGGUCUUGCUCUCCUUCUAGAACCUGCGGUGCCUCCCAGAUUUCCCCACUGAAAGGUCUCUAACAGCUGAAGGAGUCAACACCUGACCCUAGAGAAGCCUGGUUUUUGGUUUUUGGCUUUUGUUUCUCAGUGGCCUUGAACCAGUUAAGUUAUCCCCAACUAGAAGUUUGAUUUUACCUUGGUUCAUAUAGUCCCAGCUUCCAAGUAGUCUGCUGGAAAAACCUUAAAUAAUAACUUAUUUAUUAUAUUACAUAAGCUAAUAACAUUCCUUUUUGUUGAAUUAAAACAAUUCCAUGGAGCAGUUUUUCCCCUAUUUAUGAUUUUUAUGAUCAAAUCUUUAAUUCCCCAGCUUCAUUUUCUUUUAAGUGAAAACUGACCAGAUAUGUUACACACCAAAAUUAUAAAGAGCCACAACAUCCUCGAGUUUGCAAAAGCAUGCCUUCUCUCUAUUGACAUCUAGGUGUUUUUACCGCAAAGUUUGAUCUAUCCCUGGCAACUCUAACAUGCAUUUCUGUUCAAUGGCUUAGGUCGCACCAAGUUUACAUUUUUGACCAGAAAGAGCGCCUCACUGGUCGAAUAGUGUUAAACUGAGCGGUGGAGGAGGUGUUAUUUCUGUGCCAUCGUGAGAUGCACGUUUUGCCACUGCUGGUUGCCUCUGCGGCAUCUUUGGAACCUGGGUUAGAAAGGAUCUGUGUGUUGACAUAUGGGAUAGUUGUUCAGGUGUUUGGUGCAGUUGCACAAAACUCUGUGAGUAUAGUUGUUACUGUGUUGCCUUUAUUUCCCCCCAGACUGUCUCUCUGUAUUUGUCUGACAGUUUGUAUGUAGAGUAUAUCUUUGAUACAGAAGUAUUGCCUUGGCUUUUGUGCCGGCUUGUAUGGCUAGUACACCCAAAUUGACUUGGACGGAGAUUACAUAGACAAAGCACUCAUCUUUAUUCAAACCUGGAUAAAUAUUUUGGCAACAAAAUCCAAAUCAGAGACUUAGAGCUCUGGUGAGCAAUCUUCUUUAAAGAAAAGCUACUUAGAAGCUCUUUCAGCUGCAUUUGUGGGAAAUCAUCAUUAUCACCAACAUUUCAUUUCAGGAAGGUGUUUUCAAAGUGUAUUUCUGAUUUAAAAAUAAUGUUUUUAGCCUAGAAUUAAUGUGGCACAUUCAUAUAGUCUUGUGCACCUAAUUCAUCUUGACUCAGUUUUUCCUUUGAGGGCUUUUAAAAUCACAAUUAUACACUGCUCCUUUUUUUUUUUUUUUUAUGUAUCAUGACAUACUGGAUAAUAUUUUAAUUUCAUCAUGGAAAAGAAUGUUGGAUAAGGAGACAUUUUUCACUGUUAACUUUUAGCCUCAUGCAUUUUCAUAAUUUAUAUUUUCCACUUGCUGCUUUAUAUGAUAUAUGUGACAUUUGAUUAUUUAAUACCAAAUAUGAUUUGCAUAAACUCAAGUCACACAACCCUCUUGCUGAAGAUAAAAUUGAGGUUAAAAGAUAAAGAUUUAUUUUCAUAUUUGUACAGUGAUCAGCUUCAGAGUGAAGGCUUUUGUGGGCUUUUAUUGUAUAUGUGUGUAAGAAAUUUCAUAUGUAUAUAUUAAGUAGGCCUCUGAGUAUAGAAUAAUUGUUUCGUGAUUUUGAUUUACAUGGUUUACAUUUUCAUAGUAUCGGCCAUAUUUCGUUUAUACUGUUUAUUUCUCUUCAAACCUUUAAUAAUUAUACCAUAAAGUACAAUUUUUAUAGCAAUACAAAUGUCUAAGGAGCUACAAAUAUUUUCUGCAUUGUAAAUUCAAUAAAGCUCACUUCC